UUGUUUUCCUUCAAAAACCUUACUCUUUUCUUUUCUUUUCUUUUCUUUUCUUUUCUUUUCUCUUAUCCUCUCUUUUCCAAUGGCAAAAGCUGCAAAACCAUUUUCAGUACUUCUUCUUCUUCUUCUUCUGCUAACCCUAUUUAUUACCUCUCUUUUCUCAACAAUGGCAGUGCAAGGAUCCUCCACUCGAGAUCCGCUACCCCAAUUAUUCUUUUCUGUACAAGCAACACAACUCCCAUUCGAGGGUAGAAAAGAAAGGAGGAGGAAUUGGGGGAGAAGGUUGAUGAUUGGUUCAACGGCACCAACAUGUACUUACAAUGAGUGUAGAGGAUGCAAAUACAAAUGUAGAGCUGAGCAAGUACCUGUUGAAGGCAAUGACCCUAUUAAUAGUGCUUAUCACUAUAGAUGUGUUUGUCAUAGAUUUCCAGUUACAUCACCCAAGAUCUAGAGCCAAAAUCAUGGAUCAGACAUUAGAAAAAAAUAUCCACAAUAAUUCUACCAUGAAUGGUAAGAUACAAUGAGGGAAAAAGAAAAGAGAGGUACGUCUUACUUACGUUUACAACAUCAUCCAAACCUUUGGCUUCCUUGAGAAUUCGCUUAUUCUUGGUCUCAAGAACACUUGCAACUAGGAAAACUGGAAGUGGAAGUUGCUGGUCAUUGGAUCCCAUCUUCACAUUUUUCCUCUCAAAUUUGCCAUAUUGUUUUAGGUGUUUGUCGUUCCCACUGGUUCCCGCUCCUCCCUUUGAAGCAGAUCCCGACUCAUAGGAUAAGAACAUAUUUGGAUUGUAUUCCAUGGCCCACAUCAUCUGAAACCAGUCUAUAUUACUGUAUCAGUUAAACAAAUUUUAAUAUAUACAUACCAAAAGUAUGGCUAUAUAUGUGUGUGUGUGUAUGUUUUAAUGUCUAACAUUCAGGUAUUUUUACAA